CCUUCCGUUAUUAUAGAACCGGGGAAAAAUGUGAUUUUGCGGCGUUGAGAACGUUCCAUAUAAUUAAACUGAACGGCGGUAUUUGUGUUUUGAUUUAUUAUUUUUUUAAUUUGCCGCCAAUAUGCCUGUUCAUUCUCGAGAUAAGAAGGAAAGCAAUCACGAAGAUAUGGACGUCGACUACCCGGAGAAUGAAGGCAGUAGUUCCGAUGAUGAGGACUCGGAGAGCUCCUCUGUGUCAGAGGAUGGGGACAGUUCAGAAAUGGACGAUGAAGAUUGUGAGAGGAGAAGGACAGAGUGCUUAGAUGAAAUGUCCAAUUUGGAGAAACAGUUUACAGAUCUAAAAGAACAGUUAUACAGGGAAAGAUUAAGCCAAGUAGAAGCGAAGCUUGAGGAAGUUAUAGCAGGAAAGGCUCCUGAAUAUUUGGAACCAUUAGCGGCCUUGCAAGAGAAUAUGCAAAUUCGAACAAAAGUUGCAGGUAUCUAUAGGGAGCUCUGUUUAAAAACUGUAAAGAACCAAUAUGAAUGUGAGGUACAGGCUGCAUUCCAACACUGGGAGAGUGAGAAGUUGCUUCUGUAUGAUACUGUACAGAGUGAACUGGAGGAGAGAAUACGGAGACUUGAAGAAGAUAGGCACAGCAUUGAUAUCACAUCAGAGUUAUGGAAUGAUGAACUACAAUCCAGAAAAAACAAGAGGAAAGAUCCAUUUAGUCCAGACAAAAAGAAAAAACCCGUAGUUGUCUCUGGUCCUUAUGUAGUUUACAUGUUACAAGACCUUGAUAUUCUUGAAGACUGGACAACAAUUAGGAAAGCAAUGGCAACACUUGGGCCACACAGAGUAAAGACAGAUGCAUCCGCCAAGACAGAGAAACAGCUUCACAGUGCCAGAUCAGAAGAUGGCAGGUUACUUUACGAUGGGGAGUGGUACAGCCGUGGGCAGACUAUAUGUAUUGACAAGAAAGAUGAAUAUCCUAUAAGUGCCACAAUAACAACCAUCAACAAUGAUGAAGUUUGGUUUAAGAGAACAGACAGCAGCAAGUCAAAACUUUACAUUUCUCAGCUGCAAAAAGGAAAAUACACCAUCAAACAUAUGUAGCUUCAUAAUUUUUGUGUCAGAUAUUUUUUUUAAAUGAGCUUUUUUUAUAUGUACAACAAUGAAGGUGCUUUGACAUCGGAAUUAUUGAUAAUGAAAUACAGUUAAUUCAAUUUAUUGAAAUAUUUGGCUAUUAAAUGUGUUUAGUCGUAACUGGCAAGGAAAGUUACUUGAAUGAAAAUACUUUAUAUAAUGUCACUUUACUGGUUUACUAUUUUUCAUUGUGCAUUUUCUACUUUACUCAUUAUGAAAACCAUGAUAUUUUUGUUUAUGAACUGUAUACUGUUGAAAUCUAUCCCUCCCCUUUGCCAUUUGGUUCAAAUGAGUGGAUGGACUUUGUCAAUUUUGUGACGUCUGCCUCAAGGUGCUUGAUUCAAGCCAUGCCUGAGACACAUAAACUGCCCAAACAAUGGACAUGCACAUUGACUUCUUAAAUUUGAGAGAAUCAACCAGCACGUAGUUUGACAUUGUGUUUCCUGACACAUAUUCUGUGAGCUUCUGACGCCAUCAUAUUCAUCUAAAUGUGGUAUCCAAUGCUACCAGAUAAAAUAUCUGCUAUUCUUCAAAUUUCCAUUUUGUAAUCCAGUAUCUUGGUGCCCAUUGUGGUUGUUUCUGUGGAAUGGAACAAAAUAUUAUAUACCCAGAAUAAAUUUGAAAAUGCUGUAAUAUUGACAGUAGACCUAAAGUAUAGAAUGUUUAAAAGAAAAUUAGUCAUUUCACUUUCACAUCUGAAUCUUGAGGUUUGCAAAUGUAAAUACAAGUGGUCCAUUUGGUUGUCACCUGAACAUGAAGACUUUACAUAAUUGAAUUGCUUAGAUUAUUAUAAUGAUUUUUGACAUAAGCACUUUUGCUAAUGCUAACCUUGGUUGAUUGCAUUAUGUUUUUAAACAGGUGAUGCAAUUAAACGUAUGGACUCUAAUUUUAUGAAACUAGACUGAACUUGUUGCCUUCUGUUUUGUAUAAAGGCAGUGAAAUUGAGUAAAAGACUUAUUUUGGAAUGUGGUUUCAUAUAAAUAAUUUUAGUUAAAUGAAUAAUUGGUAUGUGAUGUUAGAAGUUCUGUAAUUUUUGCUGGAUGGUACAUUCUAGAACAUCUGGUGAAUGUAGAAAGGCUCUUUACAGAUGUAAUGUGUCGAGCACAGUGUGAAUAUUGGAAUAGAGCAAUUUAUGAUAUGAUAUGGCUUAUUUCAAUUAUUCUCUCAGUCCAUACAGUAUAUCGUACAUUUAACAAAUUAUGUUUCAUACCAAGAUAAUUACUGAUUUGGUAACAAACUCUUGUCUUUAUAAAUAUAUCAUGGCUUCUAAUGAAUGUUACCUUUUUUUGGAUACGCAUUUGAAUAAAAUGAACACAAAGUUGUAUUAGCUAAAUACAAAUCACUCUUGAAUAGUCAAUAUAGCCAUUUCAUUUCCUUUUAGGCAGGGUGUUGGCUUGCUGGUUUGAGAAGCACCUGGAUUUGAUUCUAUGUAAUGUUGUAUCAUGAAUUUACAACUUGUAUACAUUCCUUGGUUUGUGUGCCUGUUGGGAUGGUAAUUAUUUUGCAUGAAGAUUUUUUUUUAAUUUGCAAAUGAUCAUGAACAGACGUUUUGCUAUAAACUAUGUGAAUCAUACCAAUAAAAGCAUUUUUUCAGGUUGUCCUUUUUGAAACCACCUUUCUAUGAAGGCAAAGGUCUUUUAAGGGAUUCUAGUAACUAAUACUUUUCAAAAUCUAGCCUUUACUUACCAAUACUAAAACUCUGAUGCUUGUCCUGAUGUGCAUGAAAUCACUCCUGUGCUUAUUGACUUGCCCUGAUUUAUCAGUUCAGGAACUGUUACAGAGAAAAGAAAAGCUUGAACAGUGAGUUCUAGUGAUUAGGAUCUUGGUAUCUGAAAGUACAAAUAUGAAUGGUGGACCUUUUUGUUAAUAAUUACAAUAUAUAUAUAUUGCUGGCAACUGUCCAUUCAGAACUGUGUGUAAAAACUGAAGUCCAUCCACUGAGGUAUUACUACAAUGUUGAUGAACCAUAAAUUUUAUAAACUUGAGAGUAAUUAAUAGUGGGCGGCAAUUUACAGUCCAGUAAUUCAUUUUAGUAUUUCAGAAAGAGGCCCUCUUACAAAUCAGUAUUAAAAUAUAAGUUGCUUUUGUACAGUAUGUUUUAUUGUUGCUUAUAUUAAAGUAGCAAUGUGGAUGGGUAACACCAAAGAGGAAGUGCUCAGAACUGCAAGAUCAUAUUAAUUAUGCUACUAUUCAGCUGUACAUGAAGUCUUAAAGGAGUCGUAUUUAAAAACAUUCAUCAUUUCACCAGCUUGUAUCCCCCUAAAUUAUAUUUUAAUUGAAUUAGGUGUAAUAAAAUGACACUGUCCAUGAGAGAAAAACAAUCAGCA